AUUGAAGAAAAAUGUUGGGAGGUAAGUUGAAGGCAUUCUGGAGAUUAUUACGUCUGGAAUUAGAACCACCACCUCACCGGAAUCAAGUUGCGAAUGAGUCGGUGAACGCCGCGAAAUUUCCGCUCUCAUGGACUACUUGUAAUGUUUGUGUGGAAGAGAAUAAAGUCUGCAAGUGUGAUUCUAUAGAUGUAGUCGUCGAUGAAGAACUGAAGAAAGAAGUUAAUGGUGAUAUGGAUGAUGGGAAGCGCCAUGUGAAGGCUAAUAGCUCUUUUACUCAUGCUGUCAUUAACAUGGUUGGAAUGCUAAUAGGGCUUGGGCAGCUCUCAACCCCCUAUGCACUGGAGAAUGGAGGAUGGUCAUCAGCAGUCCUUCUUGUAGGACUUGGAAUUAUUUGUGCUUACACUUCAUAUCUCUUAGGGAAAUGUCUUGAAGAGAAUUCCAAAUCAAGAAACUACCAAGAUAUUGGCCAAAAUGCAUUUGGGAUAAGAGGGAGAAUCUUAGCUUCUACUUUCAUAUACUUAGAGAUCUUCAUGGCUUUAGUUUCCUACACCAUCUCUUUAAGUGAUAACUUAUCUACUGUUUUCACUGGAACACAAAUUUAUUUGCCAGGAAUUCAUCUCUCUACAUCUCAGCUUCUAACAAUUAUAGCAGUUUUAGUGGCACUUCCUAGUCUCUGGUUAAGAGAUUUGUCAUCUAUAUCUUUCUUAUCUUCUGGAGGAAUCUUGAUGUCUCUUGUCAUCUUUACAACCGUUGGAUUAACUUCUGUGUUUGGUAGUGUUAAACCAAACCAUAGGAUACCAGUGCUUCAAUUUCAUAAGAUUCCUGGGAUUUCUGGUCUUUACAUCUUCAGUUAUGCUGGCCAUAUUGUCUUCCCAAACAUCUAUAAAGCCAUGAAGGAUCCCUCACAGUUCACUAAGGUGUCAAUUACAACCUUCACUCUGGUUACAACCCUCUACACAGCUUUAGCAUUCAUGGGUGCCAAGUUGUAUGGGCCUGAAGUAAACUCACAAAUCACUCUUAGCAUGCCUCGACAUCUCAUUGUUACAAAACUUGCUCUAUGGGCAACAGUGCUAACCCCCAUGACUAAGUAUGCACUAGAAUUUGCACCUUUUGCAAUACAACUUGAGCAUUGGCUUCCAAACUCAAUGAGUUCAAGGAUGAAAAUGUUCAUAAGGGGUAGCUUUGGUUCAUUACUCCUUGUAGUGAUCUUAGUUUUAGCUCUCUUAAUCCCAUACUUCCAACAUGUCCUUGGGUUAACUGGUUCCUUAGUUAGUAUUAGUAUUUGUGUCAUAUUUCCUUGUGCUUUCUAUACCAAGAUUUGUUGGUCCCAUAUAUCAAAACCUCUUCUAGUCCUUAAUGUGACCCUAAUUGUAAUUGCGACUUUCUUCGCAAUAAUCGGAACCAUCUCAUCAUCUAAGUCGCUUUUCAAGAGCAUACAAAAUGGUCAUUCUCAUUGAGAUAGAGAAAUUUGAGACUUCUUGU